CACGUCUAGCAGCUGUGGGUACACUAUUGACAUUCCUGGAGAACCACUUCCACACCCCAUCCCAUUGCGGACACAGGCCAUAAUCAUAGAGUGUACACUUCAAUACUCCGAGGCCAGUUCAUGUUUGCUGAGCACCCACUUUGUUUCUCAGCUGGCAGGGCAAUCCCAAAUGUCUUUAUAGAUAGCCAUUUCCAAAUCGAAUGCGGGAAAUUCGUCAUCUGUUUUGUUUACAGUUAUUCAUACUUAACAGCAUCACAUAACCAUCAAGCUGCCUAGGUCAGGACAACCAACAUGCAUACCAGGCCGCAGAAAAUCAAGAUGAGCAGAAGUGGCCCAUCGCUUAAGCGUAAGGCCAAAGCCCUUGGCGAAAAGGCGAAUGUUCUCAGUGUGCUCAUGUACCACAACGCCAUUGAUAACCGGAUGGAAAUGGAGGUACAUGUGCCUAAAGACCUGAAAAAGUUACCGGAUUUCAAUAAACUUGUCCAAAGAGCCAUCCGUGGUAAGGACCGAAAAGCUCAAGCUCACGCUCGGGCUCUUGCUACACCACAGCCGACAAGCCCAAUUCGCUCACGUACUGCCGACCACGAAACCAGCGAGGAGAGAGCUCAAGCCGUUCCGCUAUCGAUCUACGACAUCAUACCCGACGAUGACGGGGACACUGUUAUCGUGCACGAUCCAUCUUCUGCUGCAGGCCGGCAAGCGCACCCGGGCCCCUCUUCAGGCUCAGACGCUACAGGAAGCCCGGACAGCAGACACCAACGUUAUUCACACAGAACAGAAUCGAGCGCGACGAUUAGAGACGGGACAGAUGAUAAUUUACUGUGUUACCAAGUCGGACAGAAUAGCGCUUCGACACGGAAAGGCGAGAUAAGACAACAUAGUAUAGGUCGGGCUGGACAGCCUCAAUAUCCGUCAGGGCGAGUCACGAAGCAGCCAGUGAGAGGCCGUGCACGGCCUCAAGCAUUGGAGACACAUACAUUGGCUGAGGGUCUAAGUGUGCACCGUGCUCAGGCGGAGAGACAGUCCAGGGUUAGUAGAGUCUUGCGUCUGUUGGGAGAGCUUGCAGGAAAGUCACAUGGCAACGUGCUAGAGAAGCAUUUGAAGGACUCAUAGAUAUCUAGGUCCGUAUAAGAAAGAUAUCCGGCAAAACACCCCCUCCCCCACGAACUU